AUGGCAUCUUCAAGUAAAAAACGCUGCUACAAAGGUGCUGCUGAUAUAGAGAAGCAUAUAAAUACCGAGAAGCAUAAAAAGCAGAGCAGAUUAUGCGCAUCUACAAGUAAGUUGGACAAUUUUGUUUCUAUGCAAGGAAAAGAUAAAAAUAGCGCAGUUGAUGCUACUCUUGCAUUUCAUGUGGUUAAACAUCACCAAUCGUAUAAAAGCAUGGACUGUACUUCGCCAUUACUUAAAAAACUGUUUUCUGAUUCGGAAUUGGCCAGAAGCUUAGCUUGUGCGAGGACAAAAUCUGAGGCAAUUAUUAAUAAUGUCAUCGCACCAUAUUCUAUUGAAAUGCUUCUACAGAAACUUCAAGACAUUGUAUUUUUCGGGUGUUCGACUAAUGCCAGUAAUCACAACGCUGAAAAAAUAUUUCCUAUAAUUAUUCCAUUCUUUGAUAGGAAGACCGGAAUACAGAGCAAAUUGAUUGAGUUAUCAGCGUUGGCAAACGAAACUUCGAUGACUAUUGCCAAUCAUUUACUGACGACCCUUCAAAAGUAUAAUUUAAAACAAAAGUGCGUUUCUUUCACUGGCGAUAAUGCUAAUGUAAAUUUUGGAGGUGCUGCUAGAAAUGUAGGUAACAACGUGAUCACGCACUUGAAUAACAACGCUGAUCACGAAAUUGUGGGUGUCGGUUGUCCAGCUCAUAUUCUGCAUAAUGCAAUACGUCAUGCUACAGAUUUGUUGGACUUUGACGUAGAAUCUUUAGUAAUGAAGAUUUUCAAUCAUUUUUCAGUUUGUACUGUACGAACAGAAAAUUUAAAAGAAUUAUGCAAUUACGUUGAAAUAAAUUAUGAAAAACUGCUGUGUCACAGCAAGACAAGGUGGCUCAGCCUUUUUCCGGCUAUUGAAAGAAUCCUUGAAUUAUAUGAGGCAUUGAAAGAAUACUUUUUAACUGGAGACAAAUCUCCAGUUAUCAUUAAAAAGUUUUUUGAGAGUGAUACAAGUGAAAUAUACUUGUUUUAUCUGCAUUUAUUGACGGCUAUAUUUCACUCAAGAAUCGCAACACUGGAAAAGGAGAAAAACUCAAUUGCCGAAGUACUUUGCACAUUGAAGGAAACAAUAGAGUCACUAAGUCAAAGGAUCGAACAUAAUUUCAUUCCUUUAAAAGUACGAGACCUCUUUCAUAAAAAUAAUAUUAACGACGACGAACGCAACAGGAUAAAUACCGAAAUGAAAAAUUUGUAUCAAGAAUGUAUAAAUUACAUAAACAUAUGGAUAAAGCCUUUGGACUCAUUUAAAUGUUUUGAAUGGAUGACACUACAGCAAAAUCAGGAGUUACAAUUUGACAAUAUUACAGAAUCCCUUUUAUUUUUGAGAAACAAAGGAAUCACUAUCGAUGACGUAAAGUUAUUUGAAGAAUUUUGUAUUUUACAAAAUUUUCUUUCUUCGAAACAACAUGAUUUUUAUGUGGAACAAGCUGAAAAAAAAUGGGUAAUAUUUUUUGAAGCGUGCAACGACAUCACACGAGUUACCGAAUUACUGAAGAUUUGCCCCAGGAAGCGCACCAAAAUGCCUACUGAGAAAGCACGCAGCGUCUUGGGCUUCGAUCCCGUUACGCUACCAAUAGACUUCAACUUCAAUGACAUCGAGGAUAUAUUUGAGGUCUAUGACUAUCUUACACCCGACGAUGCGAGGACCAUACUACGCUUGUACUGGCAGCAAGAGGGAGCCCCACCUCAUUUUGCGGGUCAAGUGAGGGACUACCUAGAUGAACAGUUCGGAGACCGGUGGAUUGGUCGUGGUGGCCCGAUACAUGACCACUUCGCUCUCCAGACCUAA